AAGUCAUAUGUAAUCAACUUUGAUGGAUGAUUUGCAGGUUGUUCCUGACCAGACCUUGGACGACUUGAUUGUAGUGUGUAGCUCGGACUCGUACGAGAAACUGGACGCGGGCAUACAGGGUAUGAUUAAUGACGGUCACUCCGCCUCACAGGUCAUCACACAGAUGCAUGAGAAACUGAUAGAAAAGGAAGACCUAUCUGACAAACAGAAGGCAGUCAUCUUUGAAAAGCUGGCGGUAAGUGAAAGACUGCAGAACAUAAUAUUGGGAAAACAGGACGUAGAUCACGGACUAUACCAGUCAGGUUAG